GAGAGAGGAAGGAGGGAGAGAGGGAGGGGGAGCAAACUUGUGAUUUUGGUCUAACCACAGAACUGCAGUCAACGAGAAGAGGAUGUGCACCAAAUCCUGCGUCAGACUGCUGCUGCUGUCGGGGGGAGAGGAAAGGGAAGAAGACAGAACCGAAUGUAAUUAGACUCGAGAGUGAAGAGAAAGGAAAGAGAGCCGGGGACGCUGCUCGUACACUCUUGUGAAGGAUGUUUUCUCGGGCAGUUAUUAGCCGUCUGAGCAGGAAGCGCCCGCCUUCAGAGAUUCAGGAUAACGAUGUCCUUGCCAGCACAAGCCACCAUGGAGCUACAGGAACAGAGAAAUGGUCCAUUUCCUUAGAACAUCUACUGGAUGACGCUGAGGGGGUCAGGCGCUUCAGGGAGUUUUUAAAGAGUGAGUUUAGCGAAGAAAAUGUUUUGUUUUGGAUAGAAUGUGAAGACUUCAAGAAGACACAGGACAUUGAAAGACUUCGAGACAAAGCCAAACACAUCUACGGCACAUACCUGUCCAGCAAAUCCAGCACCCAGGUGAACGUGGAGGGCCAGUCCCGACUCAGCGAGAGCAUGCUGGGGCAGCCCCAUCCCCUCAUGUUCCAGAAGCUGCAGGAUCAAAUUUUCAACCUUAUGAAAUUUGACAGCUACAGUCGCUUUUUGAGAUCGGACAUUUUUAUGAAGUCGAAGAGGUUAGAAGAAAGCGGCAACGAGGAGACGGUAGCCAAAAGAGCUUCCAGAAUUUAUAACACAUGACCAGCACAGCAUGUUGGAUACCAAGAAUGGCAUUGCUUCAGACUAGUCCUUGGCUAUGCUUGCAUUGUAAAAAAAAAAAAAAAAAAAAAAAAAAAAAAAAAAAAAAACUAAACGGGAUUUGCCAGUCUUGCUUUGAUACGCAAAGUAUCCCUGAGGAGAACUCAGCACAACCUCUGUACCUCCAACUAAGGUAACACAAAGAUCAGCUACAGGCCCAUCAUGCAACCCUCUAUGACUGAGAUAUUUCUGUCUGCAAAAUGAAGAUUACUUCCUGACAUUAGGAAGCUGCUGUGGUAACCCUCAAUGCUCCAUGACUGUGAGAUCUUUGAAAGCUGAGAUUUCGUCCUAAUAGGAAGCUGCAGUGUUUGUUUUAAGUUACUCUGAUGACCUUCUCCCACCGAUCCUCUGCAGCAUUCAUAAAUAUCCACAGCACAGUAUGAUAACAAGCAUCUUAAAUCUUCCAUUGUCAUCUGGACCUAGUACAGAUCUUCAGGCAGUAGAUCUGUGGUAUAAAGCUCAUGGUACAAUGUGCUUCUUGCUUCUUCCAUCUGAUGGAAACCACAGGUACAGUAUAUGAGCUGCAAUAUGGGAAUUCUGUUGAGGUGGCCGAACCAUCUCAGCUGUCGAUUUUACUGUGCCCAUCCAUCGGGCAAGAACCUAAGAGGGUGUUCAGUCAGUGCUUGACUGGUCUCCUACCUGCUCCUUGGAAAUACCCAUUGAUGAGCACUAAAUCAAGUCUGUUAUAACACUGUUAUAUUCUAAUGGCAUGUCUGGAAACGCCUUGCAGUAAGUGGCAGUUCCUAGGAAUAAUGGCUGGAAUAAGACUGCUCAUCUCAAGCACAGCAGGGUUGGUCCUCGUCAGUAUUUGGAUGGGGGACCUCAAAGCAGGCCCUGCAGUGCUUAAAGUGGUAUUGGUAGUGCUUCUGUAUGUUUGCAUCAGAGCUCACAAGUCCCCACUAAGUUUUAAUAGGUACUUUGCUGUUGGAUGUGUGGUCUUUUGGAAGAGGCAUAUGAUCUUCUGUAAAGCUAUUAAAAAAUGAACAUGUGGACAAAGUGUCUUUUUCAGUGUUGAGUGAAGACACUUUGUCAAACCCUUUGUACUUACCUUCACUUUCUGUAUUGCCGAAAAAUAUUGACCAUCCCAAGCCAUAUUUCAAAGAAAGCAGGAUGUCCUGGCUAAAGUCCCACACUAUUUAUUUAAUUCUUCAAUUCACUUGAAAAUGAAAGUGGGUCAUGGUACCCCUAAAAACGAGGUGUGCGUCUUUAUGAUUUAAUAAAGACAGGUGUUAAAGGGCAAAUAGCUUCAAAGAGGUACUGUCCCCUUAUCUGUGUAUGAUGUUAAGGAUUGGGGAUACUGCUGGCAAUACAGAGCCAUGCUCUAGCUGGCUGAGUUACAGAUAUCUGUGACUGUCAAAUAGAACAGGAGAGCAGCUCCGAACUCAGAUCAAAACAACUUGACACCAAAAAAUAUUACAGAACUAAAAUGUAUUUUUUUUAAAUAUAUUUUCUAACACCAUACAAAGGCAAAGGGGCAGUAAACUUUGAAAUGCAGAAAAAAAGUAAACAAAGUGCCACAUUUUGAAACCUUUCUACCUGAAUUGUAGACUGCAGAUGGAACUGCCCCAGUUUGAUACUAGAGCGAUGGUUUUACAAACUGUUCUUAAUUUCCACAUGGAUACUGUAGGUGGUAUAAAUCAAUUAUAAGGUAGAUCUCUUCUGUUACUAUACCACAUAUGUCCUGUUGUACAGGUAAGUUUAUUGAAUAAUUCAAUUUGAUUAGAUUGUGCCGUUGAGAAAAUGGAAAAUCAAUAUCUGCCAUUGACAAUAUAAUCCUGAAACUUACAGUAUAGCGACUGGUUUCUCUGAGUUAGUGAAUAUGAAACUACCUCCUAAAAUAAGCAGUAGUGCUCCCUGAUAUUGCUGAAAGAGAGGGUUAACAACACGCUCCCAUAAUCAUCUUGGUGUACUGUGUCUGGUGAUAUUAGAGGUGAAGCAGCAUCAGACCAAUAGAGGCUUGUACCACCUGUGGUUACACACCAACGCAAGCACUCUGAUAGGCUGCUUUAAAAUUGUGCUGUUGCCAUCAGAGGUUCAUUCAUAACUCAAACGUGCACAUCAGCAUGAUGUUUAAAUCUUAAAUAUAUAAUACCUGUACAAACUGCCUGUACAAAGAAUGACAAUAACUAAAAAGGGCACAAGUACACACUCACUAUUCAGCUAUACAGAGUACCCUUGAGGGUGAAAAAAAAAUCCCUACAGAAUCCAAUGGGAGGGCAGUAGUCAGGCUUCCUUCCUUUAGGAAUCGGUGUUUAGUUUGUUUGCACACCCAGUACUUCUUUAAGCCAUUAGGUCCUGUGUUUGUUUUGCUUCAUUGUUCAGUUUUAAUUUGAGUUGUAUUCAUGGUACAGGCUGAGAAAGUUGUGCACUAUGCUAGGUGUGAUAGCUACCUUUUUGGGAGAUAAACGUAUGAAUGCCUGAGUGUCAGGUUGCUCGCUUGAAGACUGUAGCUUGCUUGCGUUCUUGUCGGUUUAAUCAAAUGUUUACAUUGUCUUUGUUGGUACUGAUAUUGCUUCUGGUCAUUUUUUUUUGUCGUUGUUAUAUUUGUGUUUUUGUAAUAAUUUUAUUAAAAUAGAUUUCUGUUU